GCUUGGACGUCCGGUCAUGACUUGUUCAAGACCUGAUGUCCUUGCCAUCUUUUUCCAUUUUCACUCGGUAACUGUCUCUUUCACCAACAUUAUAAAUACCAUGAAACAAACAAAGCUCAAAUUAGUAGCAGCAACAAUGGCAGAAGAUGAUGACGAGCUCCACCCACCGUCAGUCUAUCGAUUCUACCCAACAGAACAAGAACUCAUUUCCUUCUAUCUCUGGAACAAGCUACAAGGCUUAAGAACACAAGACCUUCAUCGUGUCAUCCCAGUCGUCCAUGUCUACGAAUACAAUCCUUGCAACCUUCCAAGGUUGGCUGGUGAGUUUUGUCGUCGGGACACUGAGCAGUGGUUCUUUUUUGUGCCGAGACAAGAAAGGGAAGCACAAGGAGGAAGGCCAAGCCGGACCACCGCCUAUGGCUACUGGAAAGCCACCGGUUCGCCUACAUAUGUCUACUCGUCUGAUAACAAAGUAAUUGGAUUGAAGAAGACAAUGGUGUUUUAUGAAGGGAGGUCUCGUACUGUGAAGAAAACCGAAUGGAAAAUGAACGAAUAUCGAGCAAUCAGUGUAGACGUAGAUGCUACCAACACUUUCUCCGUUCCACAGUUAAGGCAUGAGCUAAGCCUGUGUAGAGUGUAUGUGGUUUCAGGAACAACACGAGCAUUCGAUAGGCGACCUUUGGGGAUAGAAUGGACGGAGAUGGUGACUCCUCAAGUGAAUAGAGGUGGAUCGUCUUUUGGUACGGUUGGUAACAAUUGAGUUGUACCUCAAUGGAAAUUGGGAACGUCAAUAAGCAUAUUUAUCAUAUUUAUAGAACAAAUUCUAUAUUUGGAAACUUUUUAAUAUCAAUUUCAAUCUGUUAGAAAACUGAUUAUAAACAUAUAUGUGGUGUUGUUAAGUGCUAAUUUAGUAUUAUAUUAUUUGGAGUGGGACAUAA